GACGUUGGAUCAAGUGCUGCCAUGUCAAACCCAAUCCGAUACAGCAAUGUUCCCAGUCAACCAGAUUAUUCAGGAUUACAGGUAGCCCCUAGCCCCGUUGAAUCGUCGCUUGAGGUCGUCCCUGGCGAGGAAAAGAUAAUCUCUAGCUAUGAGGUCUUGAAACAAGAUGAGACGUUAUACAGCCCCAAGAAAGAACUGCCCCCAGAGCCGGAUCUUCCACCCACGACGAAAGACAAGAGGAGAUGGCCUCGCAAGUAUUACAUCAUUGUUGUCAUCGUAGCUGCAACUCUCGGCGGUUAUUUCGGGUCUAGGAAGAAACAAUCACAGGAGCUAGAUCUUUUGGACAAUACUAACAGCACUACCACUUCGACAGCGUCAAACGAGCCGGCAUCUCUUGCCCUCGAUUCCAGUCUCUCAGCUGUUGCCUGGACGACUUCUGACGGGGGGUUUGUCAGGUACGCCGUCUACAAUGCUCCCAGGAAUGGAUCGCUGGCAUACUCCAUAUCUACAGGAUCAGGUGCCCCUGAUGACUCGAAGUGGGAGAAGGCGAUGAGCCUUGAGCCUCAAUACCCAGUGGCAAACGGUACACCCAUAGCCAUGAGCCAGCUUCGUCAAUAUGCCACCGACGUGACUUACCAGUUGGAAGUAUUCUAUCUCAACGAGACGCAUCGAAUAAACGGCAAAAACCAUAACCGAGACAAAGAUGGUUCGCGAAGGAUCCAGCAAGUCCGGAGAAACGGAACAGAAAGCAGAUGGGAGACUUCGACGCCAGAGGCGUUUCAAAAUAUUGACGAAUGGUCCAAGAUAGCAUGUGUGACGCCGCCGAUGUGGACAAAUGUUGAGGAAGAAAUGAGGUUAGCAUCCGCAUCUGACUUGACACGAUGUUUCUUCCAGAGGGGAGGCCGUUUGAUGGAGGUACAAUUCGAUGGGUUGGUGUGGAAGGACCCGAAAGAGGUGCCGCUCACUUGA